GCUCACAUCAACAACAGGAGGCAAGCAGUCGGUCUCUGGUCUCUGCCAGGCGAUUCACUUUGAAAAUGGAACGUUGGAUUGUAGCUCUUCUGGUGAUUCUACCAGGCGUCUGCUGUGCAGACUGGAGCGUCACCCUGGCAGACCAGUGUGUCUUAAAAGGAGCUUCAGUGGUUAUGAAGUGUCGGUAUGACUACCCUUUUGCUACUGUCAUCACAUCAACCGGCUGGUUGAAAAAAGUGCCUGGAAUCCAGAGACCGGUUCUCCUUUCUAGUCUUUAUCCAGCCUCAGAUCGCUUUAGAUAUGUGGGAAACAGCAGGGGAAACUGUGACCUGCAGAUCAGUGACGUCCAGCUGUCUGAUGAAGGAGCGUACCACUUCAGUUUUGCAUCACUUUUCAGUGGUUGGACGAGCAUAACCCCGGCUUAUCUGUCCGUGAGAGAGCUGACCGCCGCUGCGCAGCCGAGCACCGUGACUGAGGGAGAUCAAGUCAGAUUGACCUGUAGGUCAGGCUGCCCCGGCCCCGUUCCCAUCGUCUGGUUCAGGGAUGGACAGCCUGUGCCGGAGCCUGACUUUCGGGCCCGGAGAGAGCAUGCUGGGAGUUACCACUGCGCCGUCCGCGGACAGGAGAGCGUCAGAUCCGCCCCCGUGGCUCUCAGUGUUCAGUACGCUCCGGUGGAUGUUCGUGUCUACAUGAGUCCACAGACAGAUAUAAUCCAAGGAGGCUCGGUGACUCUGCUCUGCCUUAGCAGCGCCAAUCCUGCUGUGGUGAGCAGCGGAUACAGCCUGUUUAAGGACGGGCAGCUGAUCGGCUCAGGGUGGCUCCACACCAUCUCGGACAUCCAGCCCAGCCACACGGGACGGUACCACUGUCAGGCCCGGAACAACAUCAGCCGGGGCGGCGCCGACCGCUUCAGCUCCGCUCCGGUUCGGCUGGACGUCCAGUACCCCCCCAGGAACGUUUCUGUGACUCCCCGGGUCCUGGUGGAGGGCGGCUCGGUGAACGUGACCUGCAGCAGCGACGCCAACCCCGCAGCUCACAGCUACACCUGGUACCGGCGCGACGCCUCCGGCCCGCUGGUCCAGGCGGGCUCCGGACCCGUUCUGUCCCUCCCCUCGGCGACGGCCUCGGACGCCGGCCUCUACCUCUGCAAGGCCAUCAACCGCCUGGGAGCAAGCAACUCCUCCGAAGUGCUUCUCACCCUGGAGACGAAGCAGCCCGGCCUGCAGACCCUCCCAGUCCUGGCUGGCGUUGGAGCUUCUCUGGUUGUGAUGCUGAUGAUCGCGCUGCUUUUGUUCUGGAGGAAGCAGAAGACCGCUGCCAACAGCAAAACCCAGUUCGACAUGAGGGUCAGUGGGAGAUCACCGUCUUCAUCCGCUGAGGAUCCGUCUGACACGGUUUAUGCCAACGUCUACAUGACUCCAUCCUCUCCUCCACCCUCCUCUGCUGGACUGGAAAUGCCCCAUUACCAGGCUCGCUCCUCUAAUGAAGACGAAGUUACCUACUCCACCGUGACCAUCAAACCCAAAGCCUUUGAUUUUCCACAUCAGACCAGUGACAGGAGAGGGCAGAACUCCUGGUCCGCCUCAGCAGGAAACAGUAACUCUGUGGUCUACGCCACUGUGGCUCCGUUCAGCUGAAUUUCACCAUCACACUGCUUCUGCACAGACUGUAUGUGUGUGUGUGUGUGUGUGUGUGUCAUCUAGCCUCUUUAUGUGUGCAAGCAUAAAGCCCUUACUGAAAAUGAUCUUUAUUUUUCUGUAUUUAUAUUUAUUUAUGUGCUUGCAAAUAUAUUGCAUAAACCAUGUUGAUACAUAUUUUUUAUAUUAAAAAAAAUGUUGGAAAACAACUUCCUCCUUUCUGUAAUGACGACUUGUUCACAAUGACCCGUUUUCUUUUAUUUUUAUUUCAAUACAACACUGAAGUCUUGUUUCUCACGACACACUGUAUUUCUUCACUGAUAUCAAA